CUAACCCUCUGGGCCAAGUGGCCUUCAGACUGUCUUUGCAGAUGUAUUACCCUCCGCCAUGAUGGUUCGAAACCCACCUUUGUAAAACUUGAUCAAAAAAAAAAAAAAAAAUUAAUGACAUUACUACUACAUUUUAGGAAUUCAUCGAUGGAGAAAAUUCUUGAGAAAGCUGAGAAUUUUGUAGACCACUACAGAAAACUUGAAAAAGAUACAAAUGAGUUGAAAAGCGAAUUUCAGUUUCUAAAGAGGAGAAAAAUUGACAUUGAUUCAAGAAUAGAAACAGAGGUUCGCCUGGGGCAAGUGGUGAAAGAAGAAGUAAAGGGCUGGCUUGAAGAUGUUAAAAAGAUGGAAGAAGACAUACAAGAUGUUGAAGAAAGGGUGCACAGUGUUUCACGCUACAAUCGUAUCAGUCUUGAUAUACUCGUGCGUGAAAAAAUUGAAGAGGUGAAGAGAAUUCAAGAGAGGGGCAAUUUCAAUGAAGGCCUUGUGAUUGAGAGAGCUCCAGCUCGUGGAAUUAUAAUUCCAACAGAAAAUAUAGAAGGUGAAAUUUCUACUAAAGAUGAAAUUCAGAAGCACUUGAUGGAUGACAAGGUCAGAUUUCAGAAAGUGAUAUGGGUUACUGUGUCAUACCCUCUCAAUGUUUUUGCAUUACAAAAGAAGAUUGCUGAUGCUAUGCAUAAGACACUCCAGGAAGAUGAAGAAGAAAUGAUGCGGGCAGCAGCACUAAUGGAUAUAAUGGGAAGUAAGAGUUUUGUGCUAAUAUUAGAUGAUGUAUGGGAAAAGUUUUCUCUCAAGGAUGUUGGAAUCCCGGAACCAGUGCAGAAUAAGAGCAAAGUAGUCAUCACUACAAGAUCUAUUGAAGUAUGCAAGUAUUUGGGUUGUAAGAUUGUUAAAGUGCAGCCUCUUUCACAAGAGGAAUCUCUAAACCUAUUCCUAGAGAAGGUUGGACGUGAUGUUUUACAAAAAGUUUCAGGAUUGGAAGAAACCUUGAAGCUUAUUGUGGAGGAGUGCAAGCGCUUGCCAUUGGCAAUUGUUGUAAUAGCAGGGAGUUUGAAGGGAGAAUAUGAUAUUGCAGAGUGGAGAAAUGCCCUCAAUGAAUUACGCCAAUGUGUCAAAAGUGUGAAAUGUGUUGAAGAUGAGAUAUUUGGAGGGUUAAGAUUUAGUUAUGACCGUCUAAAAAGUUUGCAAAUCCAAGAAUGUUUUUUAUAUUGCUCCUUUUUUCAGGAAGAUUAUGAGUUUUCUGGAAAGGAGUUGAUUGAAGAUUGGAUUGAUGAAGGACUGAUUGAUGAGUGGGGAAGUAGACGAGCAGCUUAUGAUAGGGGCCGUGCUAUUUUAAAUAGGCUUCAACAGAAUUGCUUGUUAGAGAAAUGUUUUGGAAUGGAUAGAGUUAAGAUGCAUGAUGUUGUGAGAGACAUGGCUAUCAAAAGCAUUGGUCCUGGAUUUGGAUAUAUGGUAAAAGCUGGUAUGAAAUUGAAAAAGGUACCAAAUGAGAGUGAGUGGGAAAGAGAUCUUAAGAAGGUAUCUCUAAUGGCAAAUGGCAUUUCAAAAAUUCCCAUUGGUUUGUCCCUGAAGUGUCCGUUGCUGUCAACUUUGAUAUUGUCACAUAAUCCUUUGUCAGAGAUUCCAAGUUCCUUUUUUGAAGAUAUGGUCGGACUUAAGGUUCUUGAUCUUUCCUGGACUGAUAUUGAAGCUUUACCUGAUGCCAUCUCUAACUUGUUGAAUCUCUCUGCACUUCGGUUGAGGUAUUGCAGGAGGUUAAUGUACUUGCCUUCCUUAGCGGAGCUUAGGGCAUUGAAGAAGUUGGAUCUACAUAGGGCAGGGAUUAAGGAGGUCCCUCAAGGCUCGGAGAUGUUGGUAAGUCUUGAAUAUCUUGAUAUAUUUUGUCGAUGUCUGAAAGAGAUUCCAACAGGAAUAUUACCUAAACUUUCCAGUCUCCAGAACUUGGUUGUAGAUCUAAGCAACGGAAUUACUACAAGGAUAAAUUUAAAAGAGAUUGUUAGAUUGGGCAAGUUGGAGAGUUUGAAAUGUGAAAUGGAGGGCAUACUAGACUUCAACUAUCUAGUCAAUAAGUCUAAAGAUUUUGAAAGUCUUACGGCUUAUAAUCUUCAACUGAUUAUAGAGAAAGAAUACGGCUUUGAAUAUGGAGUAAAUGCUAAAUAUCAACGUAAGGUUGUAAUUGUAAAGUGUGAGAUCGGAGAAGAAUGUAUAGUGCUUCCAGAUAAGCUUGAGGCAUUGUGGAUGGAGCAUUGUAAAAACAUGAAAAACAUGAGAUGCAGCUUAAACAAAGCAGUUUUGUUAGAAAAUGCAACCGAGUUGAGAAGCUGUUUUAUUGAGGGUUUUGAAGGCAUAGAGUGCUUGGUUGAGUUGGACUCAUCCUCCUCCUCAUUGUGUUAUCCAGUUCUCAAUAAGCUUGAAGAAUUGGAUCUUUGGCAUUUGCCUAGUUUGUGUGUAUUGGUGAGAGUGGAAGGAGUAGCAACACCACCGCACAUCUUUUCCAAUCUUAAACGGCUUCGUAUAUCGGAAUGCUUUGGAAUAAGGAAGUUGUUUCCACUUGAGCUACUGCAUGCCUUCCAAAACUUAGAGCAGAUUCAUGUUCGUGAAUGCAAACAAAUGGAGGAGAUAAUAGCCUCAUCAGAUUCAGAUGCAUCAUCGGAUAAAUUCCCUUUUCCGAAGUUAAGGAUAUUGCGCUUGUGGUACAUGGACCAAUUGAAGAGCAUCUGCAGUGGCAAAUGAGUUAUGGUUUGUGAUUCUAUUGAAGAAAUUCAAAUAUGGAAAUGUCGAGGGUUAAAGAGGAUCCCUUUGCAGCUUUCUCUGCUUGAUAAUGGCCAGCCAUCUCCUCCUCCUUCUCUCAAGAAAAUCGAGAUAGAUGAAGAGUCAAAAGAAUGGUGGAAAUCAGUGGUUGAGUUGGAUCAUCCUAACGCUAAGAACAUACUCCAACCUUUCUUGACUUUCAAGAAAUUAUUUUCCUUUUG